AUGGCUAGAGGGAAGGUGAAACUUGCAUACAUAAUGAAUAACUCAACUAGGAGAGCAACAUUCAGAAAAAGGAAAAAUGGUAUUUUAAAGAAGAUCAAUGAACUUAGCACCCUUUGCGGGAUAGAUGCAUGUGCAAUCAUCUAUGGAGAAAACUAUCCUCAGGUAGAGGUUUGGCCAUCCGGGGUUGGAGUAAGAAGUGUAUUGUACAGGUUCAUGAGAUUGCCUGAACUUGAACGAAGCAGAAAGAUGGUAGAUUUAGAAGGCUUCUUGUCUGAGAGCAUUAUAAAAGCCCAAGAUAUGUUGAAAAAACAAAUCGAGGAAAACCAACAGAAGGAAAUGGCUUAUCGUAUUAGUCAAUUUAUACAUACGGGUGAAUAUAGCAUGGAAAAUAUGAGUUUGACUGAGAUAACUAGCCUAAUGACCUUUAUUGAUAAGAGUCUGAAGGAAGUUGAGCAGAGAUUAGAUUUAAUGGAUGUCCAUGAACAAGAGAAGGUUACAAAUGGUGCUAGAGUUGUUAGCGAAGAAGAUAUGCUGGCUAAUAUGGAUCAUGCUACUAACCAAAGUUUGGAGACGAACAUUAACUAUGGUAUGCAUAGUGAUGAUCGAUUUUCUAUCAACUUCUCUGAGAUAGAAUUUAACGAUGUUAAUUUCAAUCCAAAUGGAUUUGGAUCUAUCUAG